AUGAUGCUUUCGUUAUUUUUUCUUCUGGCUGCCAUCGUCAGUGUGGAGUCUGUGGAACCCCCACCGAUUACCAACAGUACUAAGCCGAUCACUCAAGAGUCUGUGAGUCCUGUUCCCCAUGGCGCGCCGGUCUCCCAGAAUAUCACCACGUCUAACCCCGUAGCCGCUCCAGCUCCGAAAUUAGCUGCAGGAAAACCUAAAUGUGUGGACAAACCAAUCUGUGCUACUAUGGCACGGGAUGGAUUCUGUAACAUGAAAUUCUCAAAACAGGUCAUGAAAAGUAACUGUCCAGUAUUAUGCAAACUCUGUAACUCGUGA